AUGUCUCCGUCUAUCGAAAAUGCCGAGUCUCAGUGGCUCGCCCAGCUGGCAGAAAUGCGCGCGGCCAUUGCCGAGCUUAAGUUGCCUCAGAAGGACGGCGGCACGCCCACUUACGGAGACGACAUAGAUGUCGAUGAAGAUGACUUUUCCGGAACUGCAAGUGGCGACGAUAUCUGGGACCUUAUUAGCGACGAAGCAAGCGAGGAAUACUACAGCAGUGAUCAGCUUGACGCUACUGACGCUUUCCCGGUUGGCGGCUCCUCUGUUGUCGCCCCGUACAGCCAGGGUUGGCUCAACCAACAAUGUGCGGGAGUGGCUGAACGAAGCUCAGGAUUAGAUGCCCAGACUCUGCAGGACAACAUUAUGGCCAUCCUGGCCUCUGAUAGCAACAACGAAGAGCUUCAGAUGACGCUGGCCGAUAUUGUUGGCUACGGAGAGCUAGACCUAGUAGCGGAGCUCAUCGGCCACCGUGCGGAGCUCAAUAAAGCCGCUAAAGCCGAACAACAAGACAACGGCGUCUUCGGCCGGUUGCAAACCAGAGCAGAACGCGACGAAGCUUUACGGAAAGCAGAUCUUGAGCACAAGAAUGCUUCCCUCGCUCCUAGUGUCAACAGAAGUGGAGAGCAGUACCCACAUGUCUACAAAUCCGGUGAGGCUGGAAACACUCUUUCUGGAUAUGGCCGCAAGUUUGCGCUGCCGCACGGCAGCAAGAGAGAUGAGCACCAUAACUACGAAGAAUACUCUAUUCCGGCACAGAAAGUUGGAACCCUCGGUGCUGGUCGGAAGCUGGUAGAAAUCAAAGAUAUGGACGGCCUUUGCAAAAGGACUUUCAAAGGUUACAAAACUCUCAAUCGUAUGCAGAGUCUGGUAUACCCUGUUGCGUACAAGACCAGCGAGAACAUGCUCAUCUGUGCACCUACCGGUGCAGGUAAAACCGAUGCAGCCAUGCUCACCAUUUUGAACACAAUCGCGAAGAACAUUGUUCCUUCUCCAUGGGAGGAACCUGAUGCAACGGACUUCACUCUCCUAGCAGAAGAUUUCAAAAUUGUCUACGUUGCUCCAAUGAAGGCCCUGGCGGCCGAAAUCACUGACAAACUGGGCAAGAGACUCUCUUGGCUUGGUGUCCAGGUCCGCGAACUGACUGGAGACAUGCAUCUUACCAAAUCGGAAAUUGUGCAGACGCAAAUCAUUGUCACCACGCCGGAGAAGUGGGACGUGGUUACCCGGAAGAGCACUGGAGAUACCGAACUGGUUCAAAAGGUCCGUCUACUGAUCAUCGAUGAAGUCCACAUGCUGCACGACGAGCGUGGUGCUGUGCUGGAAUCCCUGGUUGCCCGUACGGAGCGGCAGGUUGAGAGCACGCAAUCAUUGAUUCGUAUCGUUGGCCUGUCUGCCACUCUGCCAAAUUACAUCGACGUCUCGGAUUUCCUGAAGGUUAAUCGCAUGGCUGGAUUGUUUUACUUUGACGGCUCCUUCAGACCGGUUCCGCUUGAACAGCAUUUCAUUGGUGUGAAGGGGAAAGCUGGUACUGCAAAAUCACGAGAAAACAUGGAUCAAGUUGCGUUCGAAAAGGUCACGGACAUGCUAAGGCUUGGCCAUCAAGUCAUGGUGUUCGUGCAUUCCAGGAAAGACACCUUCAAGACAGCAAAAAUGUUGUACGAAAAGGCCAUGGAACAUCAAUGCAUGGACCUUUUUGAUCCGACGGGACAUCCCAACUACGAUGCAGCCGUUCGCGACAUGAAAACCUCGAAAGGACGGGAACUUCGCGAACUGCUGCCCAAGGCCAUGGGCACGCAUCAUGCAGGAAUGCCCAGGUCAGACCGGAACCUCAUUGAGCGCCUCUUCGGUGAAGGCGUCCUUAACGUCCUGUGCUGUACUGCAACCUUGGCUUGGGGUGUCAACUUGCCCGCUGCUGCAGUUCUCAUCAAGGGAACUCAACUGUACAGUGCCCAGGAGGGCAAAUUCGUGGAUGUUGGCAUUCUUGACGUGUUGCAGAUUUUUGGUCGUGCGGGUCGUCCUCAAUUCCAGGACACUGGUAUUGGCUUUAUCUGCACCACGCAUGAUAAGCUUCAACACUACCUCUCCGCUGUGACCCAGCAACAGCCCAUCGAAUCCAACUUCUCUAAGCGCAUGGUGGACAAUCUCAACGCCGAGAUUUCCCUCGGCACUGUCACAUCGGUUCCGGAAGCAGUGACCUGGCUAGGUUACUCCUAUCUCUUCGUGCGCAUGCAGCGUAACCCGCUGUCGUACGGUAUUGAUUGGGCCGAAAUCCGUGAUGAUCCGGCACUGGUCCAACGACGCAGGAAGUUGAUCAUCGAUGCUGCCAAAGUGUUGCAGCAAAGCCAGAUGAUUGUCUUCAACGAAGCCACCGAAGAGCUACGUGCUAAGGAUGUCGGCCGUAUUGCCAGUCAAUUCUACGUACUCCAGAGCAGUGUUGAGAUUUUCAACACUAUGAUGCGCCCCCGUGCCACCGAGGCAGAUGUCCUCAAGAUGAUCAGUAUGAGUGGAGAGUUUGAUAACAUACAGUCCCGCGAGACAGAGGAGAAGGAGCUCAUAAAACUUAGAGAUGAAGCCGCUCCUUGCUCUAUUGGAAAGGAUGGCAUCGGUACGCCUCAUGCGAAGACCAACCUUCUUCUCCAAGGCCAUGUGUCAAGGGCUCGUCUUGAAGACUACACCCUUGUUUCAGAUACGGCGUAUGUGGCACAAAACGCCACGCGUAUCUGCCGGGCUCUGUUUAUGAUUGCUCUGAACAGGCGUUGGGGUCACCAGUGCUUGGUUUUGCUAUCACUUUGCAAGUCUAUCGAGCGCCAAAUCUGGCCUUUCGAGCACCCUUUCCGUCAGUUCGACCUUCCACAGCCGAUCCUCAGAAACCUGGACGAUAAAGGUGCUACUGCUGCAAUUGAGUCCUUGAGGGAUAUGGAGCCUGCUGAGAUUGGUCAGCUUGUGCACAACCAUAAGAUGGGCACUACCAUCAGCAAGCUUCUAGACAAUUUCCCAACUCUGAGCAUCGAGGCAGAAAUUGCUCCUCUGAAUCGCGAUGUCCUGCGCAUUCGCCUAUACAUCACGCCCGACUUCCGAUGGAAUGACCGCCACCACGGAAAUGCGGAAUCAUAUUGGAUUUGGGUUGAGAACUCGGAGACUUCAGAGAUCUACCACCACGAAUACUUUAUUCUUUCCCGGAAGAAGCUGUAUGACGAACAUGAGCUCAACUUCACCAUCCCUCUUUCGGAUCCUUUGCCGUCUCAGAUCUAUGUUCGUGCAGUGUCUGAUCGAUGGCUGGGUGCCGAGACGGUUACUCCGGUCUCCUUCCAACACCUUAUUCGACCGGAUACGGAGAGCGUAUACACUGAUCUGUUGAAUCUGCAACCUCUUCCUCUUUCUGUAUUGAAGAACCCACUGCUGGAAGAGCUUUACAGUAAACGCUUCCAGUUCUUCAACCCUAUGCAAACACAGCUCUUCCAUUGCAUGUACCACACUUCAGCAAAUGUCCUUUUGGGGUCUCCCACUGGUAGUGGCAAGACAGUAGCCGCGGAGCUGGCGAUGUGGUGGGCUUUCCGCGAGAACCCAGGAUCGAAGGUCGUCUACAUCGCUCCUAUGAAGGCCCUUGUUCGUGAAAGAGUUCAGGACUGGGGACGACGUCUCACCGCACCCAUGGGUCUCAAACUCGUUGAGUUGACAGGUGACAACACUCCAGAUACUCGCACGAUUAGAGAUGCGGACAUCAUUAUUACGACACCCGAGAAAUGGGACGGUAUCAGUCGUAGCUGGCAGACCCGUGACUACGUCCGGAAGGUCAGCUUGGUCAUCAUCGACGAAAUUCACCUUCUGGGUGGUGACAGAGGGCCAAUUUUGGAAAUCAUUGUCUCCCGUAUGAACUACAUCGCAUCACAGAAGAAGGGUGCGGUGCGUCUCGUCGGAAUGUCGACCGCUUGCGCCAACGCCACGGACCUGGGCAACUGGUUGGGCGUCAAGGAAGGCCUUUUCAACUUCCGCCACUCCGUGCGCCCCGUGCCACUGGAGAUCUUCAUUGACGGCUUCCCGGAGCAGAGGGGAUUCUGCCCGCUUAUGCAAAGCAUGAACAGGCCGACUUUCCUGGCCAUCAAGACCCAUUCUCCCUCUAAGCCCGUCAUCGUGUUCGUGGCCUCUCGUCGUCAAACUCGUCUCACGGCUAGGGAUCUUAUCAACUACUGCGGUAUGGAGGACAACCCUCGUCGCUUCGUCCGUAUGGAAGAAGAGGAUCUUGCGCUGAACCUGGCUCGGGUCAAGGAUGAAGCAUUGAGAGAAGCGCUUAGCUUUGGUAUUGGCCUGCAUCAUGCCGGUUUGGUGGAGUCCGAUCGCCAACUGGCAGAGGAGCUUUUCGCCAACAACAAGAUCCAGAUCCUGGUGGCUACAUCUACACUUGCCUGGGGUGUCAACUUGCCCGCCCAUCUCGUAGUUGUCAAGGGUACGCAAUACUUCGAUGCCAAGCUUGAAGGCUACAAGGACAUGGAUCUCACCGAUGUGCUUCAAAUGCUUGGUCGUGCUGGUCGUCCUCAGUUCGACGAUUCCGGUAUCGCAAGAAUCUUCACGCAAGACUCGAAGAAGGCGUUCUACAAGCACUUCCUGCACACUGGUUUCCCCGUGGAGUCUUCUUUGCACAACGUUCUCGACAACCACUUGGGCGCUGAAGUGUCUGCGGAGACCAUUGCGACUAAGCAAGAUGCGCUUGACUAUCUGACUUGGACGUUCUUCUUCCGUCGUCUCCACAAGAACCCUUCGUACUAUGGGCUAGAAAUUUCGGCAGAGGAGCACAACACCAUGGCGGCUCAGCAGCUUGCCAAUGACUACAUGGUUGAGAUGGUUGACAAAUCGCUGUCUGAGCUGGCUGAAUCAGGCUGUAUUGUCGUGCACAACAAUGGCGAUGUCGACCCGACACCGCUCGGCAAGAUCAUGAGUUACUACUAUCUGUCGCACAAGACGAUUCGCCAUCUAAUCCGGAGCGCCAAGCCUAACGCCAGCUUCUCGGACGUGCUCUCCUGGAUGAGCCAAGCAACUGAGUACGACGAGCUGCCAGUGCGGCACAACGAAGACCUGAUUAACGCGGAACUUUCAGCCGCACUACCACUGAAAGCCGAGUUCAUGAACCUGCCCAUGUGGGACCCGCACGUGAAAGCAUUCCUUCUCUUGCAAGCGCACUUCUCUCGCAUCGACCUUCCCAUCUCCGAUUACGUUGGUGACCAAACCAGCGUCCUCGACCAAGCCAUCCGUAUCAUCCAAGCCAGCAUCGACGUCUUGACCGAACUCGGCCACGCCUCCUCCUGCGCCAUGAUGAUGACACUGCUGCAGUGCGUCAAGUCCGCGCGCUGGCCAGACGACGGACCCCUUGCCAUCCUGCCCACCGUCGACCCCGAGGCCGAGAAACGCCGUCUCCGCGACGCGGCCGCUGCGCCCAGAACGCUCAUCGAGGCGGUGCAAGCGCCGCGCACGACGCUCGAGAACGCGGCGCGCACGCUGAACGUUCCUAACGCCGCGCUGGGCCGGUUCAUGAAGCCGCUCUCGGCGCUGCCGCACCUCAAGGUCACGCUGGCGGGUGUCAACGCGCUGGGCUUGGGCCUGAGCAUCGCGCGCGCCAACAGCGCCCAGAGCGCAGAUUACCGCAUGUAUGCGCCGCGCUUCCCGAAGCCGCAGACCGAGGGCUUCUUUGUGGUCGUGACGGCGCCGGGCUCUGAUGAGGUGCUUGCUCUGAAGCGGGUCAGUUGGCCCGACUUCCAGAAGAGGAAUAAAGCUGCUGGUAAUGGUGGCGAUGGGAAGGCGAAUGGCAGCAGGCCUGGCACGAAGGUCAAUUUGAGGUUGCCGGAGAGUGAGGAGGAGAGGAAGGUCGAUGUUAGUGUUGUUAGUGAUGGGUAUAUUGGGAUGGUGUGGAAGAUUGAGGGUGUGGAGAUUCCGGCGCCGCCGAAGGUGGAGGCGGAUGAUGGGAAGAAGAAGGCUGUUGAGGGCUGAGAGGCAUUGAGGGUUAGAGAUUAUUAGAUGGGAGGUUUGGGAAUUAGAUCUUCGAUGCAAUGCGUCUUUGAGUCUGCAAGUCACACAUGCAUAUACUCGUACAGCAUAUCACAUCACGCAAACAAC